ACCACUUAUUUUUCUCCUCUCUUCAACUCAACUCACUAUUCCAGUUUUUUUCUAAAGAAAACACAUAGCUACUUCCUGGCUGUUUGACAAAAAACAUCCCAAAUGUGUCUUUCACAGAUUGUACUGGACGUGCAAAUGACCAAACACUGUGGGAGCUGCUCAGUCAAUACACAUGUCCUUCUACAGAAUCUCCCUGCAAUGUAUUCGUUAAAAUGACCUAUUCCCAUGGCAGGUUUGGUUUAUACUGUGCAAUAAAACAAAGGGGUAUUAAAAAUGUGUGAGAAAAAAGGAUCAAAUGUAAAGAAGAUCCUUUUCUCCAUUCUUCCACUUGUCCACCCAACACCCACCACACCUGGCCUCAGACGCCUUCUAAAACCUCCCAUAUCCGGCGAAAACCCGCAAGAGAAGCAGCAUAAAGACCAGACCAGAUUAUUUUUUAGAAUAUCGGUCAACCUUACUUUAGUGAACCCGGGAGCACUAUGCAGAGUGGUGUAAGUGCUGUCUUUUAUAGAGGUAUAGAACGAGUAACGGUUCCCAAAGCAUUGUGGACUAAAGUGAAGCAGAACAUGAUUGGUAUGCAGAUGCACAAUUAGCUGAAUUUGACAUUUGAAAUAUCUUUUUUUGCAUUAGGUUCGUAUCAUUGUAUAAAAUCCGAUUGCUAAUACAUACACCACUUGUAUAGCGUGUGUGUGCGCGCGUGCGCGUGCGUAUAGGCUAUUUGGGUGUUAUGCACAAUAUUUAACUUCUUCAUGUGUAAUGAAUGUAUUGCACACAAGUGGGUGACAGUAACAUGGCAUCGUAGUGAGCAUUAGCCACAAUAAGUAUGACUCUAAGUUCCCAGUUGUGUGUAUCAAUGUAUGAGCCUUGCCUAUAUAGCACAUAGAUGCUUGUAUUGAACAGAACGUCUAUGAACACAGUCUAUAUGGUUAGCUCUACCGCUUUGGAACACAUUGGAUUGUUGGGUCUUGUUUCUGUCAGGAGCCCUCAGUAUUAGUUUUUGCGGUGUGUUUUCCCUGACGGAACUCUACAUGAAUGGCUAAAUUUGCUAAUGACCACAGGCAUAGCAUGUAGCUAGCUAUUGGCGUGAUUUGCGUGAUUUGCGUGGCGCGGGGCGUUCUCUAUUGACAUACUCAACACCAGAAAAGAAGAGUGCACGAGCAAGUGUAGCUACUUCCCUGUCACAGCGCGCAGGCGGCCAUUCUAAAAACACAUUUAUAGCUUAGUGGAGUUGACUGGGGGGGGUUAAGGGACGAGACAAAGGUGUAAAUAAAAACAGCCUUCCCCGCAUAGACGAGGCGUUCUUUACCAGAGUUUUUAGAUCAAUCAAGCAGACAGUGGCUUAUUUUGAUUAAACCCCAAAUUGUCAUUGGGCAGAAGUAAUCAUGUGACAGGCAGUUCGUUCCAAUUUCCACCUUGUCUCCAUGAAUUCAAUAGUUUAAUAGCAGCUCGUUCACCAUACGGCCGUAAUCAGUGAAUUUGAAAAAAGUAUAUCUUUCUCAUUGAGCCGCGACAAAUAAAAAUACACGCAGCAAACUUUCCCCGGCUCGCAGUGACCGGAGAUGAAUUACGAAUUCGAGCGAGAGAGCGGUUUUAUCAAUAGUCAGCCGUCGCUUGCUGAGUGCCUGACAUCUUUCCCCCCUGUCGGUGAUUCAUUUCAAAGUUCAUCAAUCAAGAGUUCGACGCUUUCACGCUCGACACUGAUUCCUCCUCCUUUUGAGCAGACCAUUCCCAGCCUCAACCCGGGAAGCCACCCGAGGCACAGCCGGCCCAGACUCAGUCCGGAUGGAUGCUGCCCGCUGCCCACCGCCUCCCUACCCCCGGAAUACCCCUGGAUGCGGGAGAAGAAAGCCUCCAAGAAGAAUCACCUGCCGAAUUCCACGGCGACAGCCAUAACGACUGGACCUGUAUGCUUCUCCCCGAAAGGCUCCCCUGAGAUUCUAGAAAGUGGAGGAGGGGGAGGGGGCUCCCGGCGGUUGAGGACUGCAUACACCAACACACAGCUCCUGGAACUGGAGAAGGAGUUCCACUUCAACAAGUAUCUGUGCCGACCGAGAAGGGUGGAGAUAGCCGCCCUGCUGGACCUCACCGAGCGGCAGGUCAAAGUGUGGUUCCAGAACCGCCGGAUGAAGCACAAGAGGCAGACCCAAUGCAAGGAGAACCACAAUGGCGAAGGGAAAGGACUGAGCGCCGGGGACGGAAUCCAGAGCAACGACGAGGAGGAUGAUGGCUCGCUGUUUGAGCAGAGCCUCAAUACAGUGACCGGGGCCCUUAUGGAAAGAGAGGCCUGCUCCUUUCAGCAUAACUCGCUGAGCUCUUCCCAGCAGCUCCAGAAUGUUGGUCCGCACAAUGGCGAGGCCCAAAGUUAUACAGUUUCGCCACUAAGCAGCAAUGACAAAAAUGUGAAACAUUUUCUCAACCCGUCACCCACUGUUCCAGGCUGCGUGCCAACAAUAGGCUCCGGCUCUGCAACUGUCCCGGACAAUGGUGGUAGUCCCGCGGCCCUGGACGUCUCAAUACACGACUUCCAAGUAUUCUCCUCGGAUUCUUGCCUUCACCUCUCCGAUGCCGCUUCGCCCAGUUUGUCAGAAUCCCUGGACAGCCCCGUGGACAAUCUGGACAUAUCUACGGACAGCUUCUACUUUUUCUCGGAGUCACUAACUACAAUCGACUUGCAACAUCUGAGCUAUUGAAAUCAAUCAAAAAUAGAACAAGACUUUCAAACCGGAACAUUUAAAGAAUUCAAACUCUGGUUUAACUAUGAAUUUAAUUUUGGUGGUUGUUUUAGGCCUAUAUGAUCGGCACAUUUUAUUUUUAUUGAUUAAUUGAUUAGUCGGUUAAUUCAAGGUAAGAGUCUGGACAAAUAUACAGUUGUGGCUUGUAAUUACAAUAACAAAUUCAUUUCUCAAGAUGCAAUUUGUGUAAAGGUGCACAAUAAUAUGAAUUCUGGUAAUUUUAUUUUUGUAUAGCUUACAAUUCCAUUACUAUUUUUGUUAGAAAUAAAUCUGACUUACCAUAAGGAAAUUGCAAGAUUGUGUACAGUUAUUAUUAUCCAAACCGUUUUAUGAAGUGUAAAGUGUAAUUUGGAUCAAAUAUAUAUUUGUCCAAAAAAUAGAAAGGAGGAAUAACCAAUCGAUUAAAUGUUAAUUAGUUCAUCCUGAAUACAAAUUUACUAUCGUUAAUUUGCAAGUCAAAAUAGUCUGAUAAAAGUAGGCCAAUAUAGCCUGAUCUCUGAGUAUGAAUUCUAUAGUAAUUCUAAUAAAUGCCUGGUUUAUAUUAUAUUGUAAGGAUAACAUUUCCUGGGAUAAAAAAUAACAAACACAAAUCUUCAUCGAUGAGGUUUAAUAAUCUCAAUGCACCAAUUUAGAGCCAUUGAGAUUGUAUUCUGUUUAUGUUCAUUUCAAAUUAGCACCUUUAAAAUUAUUUUCACAGAUUUAAAUAGCAGUGGAAUUCGAGAAUUACGUUUAUAUUAGUUCAAUUUUUUGGGGAAUAAAAACAUUAUCUUACAAUUUUGAAUCAGAAACUAUUUAGAAAACUUUUCUGGUCCAAUUUCAUGUAACUCAGAGGCGAUUAUACAACAGACUCCAUAAGCUUACCUACUACAGUAUAUUUUGAAUAAAUGUCCUCUUUUACUUGCUCUGGUUGUAAAGUUAGUAGAAUUGUAAACAUGGUAGGCUAGCAAUAGCAUGGCUCCCUGUAGUGCGAGCUCCCAGUGCUGGGUGCAUGGGGAGGCAAAUGCUCGGGCCAUGUUUUCCGAGCUCAUAAAUCAAACCCCGUCAUUAAUAAGAAUGGCAUCAAAGAGACCAAUUGUGAUGUAUAACGCACAAAUAAAAUGUUUUUGGAUGGGAUUCGCAAUUCGAAGCCAAAAAUGCUGAAGCUUUGUAGGCUUUUGGUAAUAAUUCAUUUUUAUAGCUGUUCAAAUACAGCGCGCGGGCUCUCCAAGCGUGCAGGGAAGCGGGCAGCAGAAGCAUGUCACCCCUCGUGCUAUAAGUAGCCUAUUUCAAAACAGGCUGCUGCAGGCCUAUACAUUAGUAUUCAUUUUAAACUUUUUAUAUUUUCUAAAAAUAGCUCUAAUGCAUUUAAUGAUUGGGGAACAGUGUAGGCCUAUGCCAAGAAAUACAUUUGGUUAAAUUGAGAUUUUCAUAAGAAUAAUCUAUUAGGGCAAAAUGGCUUUCGGCUAUAAAUGUGUUUUGUUCUUGCAGAAAUAUAUUUAUCCACAGUCUUGGAGAAAUGUGUGUAUUGACCAUUUUACUGUGGAAGUUGUAUGAAAUUUGAGUAGAAUUAUUACAUUCCUACACCACUCAACAUGCUUAUGCUUGUGGGCAUGCUAACCACCGGUUGCUACAUAGCAUGGAUCGAUCAUAAAACGUAUCAUUGCAAAGUUAAGUGCAUAGUCUUAUUACAUUUAACUGGAGUGACGUUUAGCCAAUAUUUAACUUCCUAAAAACAAACUGGCAGUGGGCGUGUAUAGGCUAUGCACAUAUGCGAAGAGGAAAGCUGCUACAUAAGCCUAGGCUAUACAACUCUGGUCCAACGUGGGCUUUCCUUUCCAAAGGCUGGUAACGAAAUCAUUCCGAAACAAUGCGCCUUUUCUCUCCCCAUUCCAUGUUCGCACAAAGCGUAUUCUGGAACGUUCAUGGCCUGGGGAAGAGAUUCAAUGCUGCGCCCACGCACUACUAGGGGCUAGGCUGUGUGCGCCGUUGUAGAGAGAGAGAGAGAUGAUGAAGGGAGAAAAUGGAAGAGUAAGGAAGGAGUGUGAUACUUUCUUGCAUUUCUUAGAAUUAAGAGUCUUGUAGUGUCAGUCCGUUUUUAUGCUAAAUGUAAGAUAGGCCCUAUCAGCGUUCAUACGGGUUGUGCUCUAGAAGCUCAAUGUGAGCUAAUCUACUAUCGCGGGGUAAAUACUGCUGAGAAGGAAAAGAUGCUAUUGUAAGAAUGACCGACACUAGGCCAUACAGUCCUCUCAUCAUCCAGUAGGGGCGCAAACCCCUCUCCCCCUCUUCUCACUCUACCCUCGUCCUCUCUCUGUCUUUGUUAAAGUGUGAGUGUGAUAUGUGCCCUUCUGAUAUGUGUCUAUCUGUGUGCGAUAACAAUGAUCAUACAGUUCAGCUUGCAACUGAUUUUGAAACAUCAUGUCACAUGUCUUUGUGACGUUAUAUAAAAACAUACUUUGUGACUAUGAUGGAGCCUAUAUGACUUGGGUUUUGUGUGUGUGUGUGUGUGUGUGUGUGUGUGUGUGUGUGUGUGUGUGUGUGUGUGUGUGUGUGUGUGUGUGUGUGUGUGUGUGUGUGUGUGUGUGUGUGUGUGUGUGUGUGUGUGAGAGAGAGAGAGAGAGAGAGAUAUGCUAUGUGCCCACUGCCCACACAAUUAGGUGGAAACUGAGAUGCACAUCCUAACCUCGUGUCAAAUGUAUGACCAUAAUUCCCUCAGAUUACACAGACCCACAAAGAAUUUGAAAACAAAUCUAAUUUGGAUAAACUCCCAUAUAUACUAGGUAAAAUAACACAGUGUGCCAUCACAGCAGAAAUAUGUGUGAACUGUUGCCACAAGCAAAGAGCAACCAUUGAAGAACAAACCCCUACUUGAAUAACUAUUUGUACAUUGUUACAACACUGUCCAUAGCCAGUAAUAUAACCUUUGACAUGUCUCUAUUCUUUUGAAUCUUUUGUGAGUGUAAUGUUUACUAUUAAUUUCUGAUGGUUUAUUUCACUUCUGUUUGUCAUCUAUUCCACUUGCUUUGGCAAUGUAAACAUGUUUCCCAUGCCAAUAAAUCCGUUUGUAUUCAAUUGAGA